AUGCUUCAAUCUACAGGGAAGGUGUCCCUGUAUAAUCUUGAAUGGUACAAAUUUGUGGACCUGAUAAAAGAGACGUACUGUCCACCACACGAAGUGGAAAAGGUGGAGUCAGAUUUUCUGACUCUCACCAUGAAGAAUCUUGACUGUCGGAAGUAUGUGCCCGACUUUAACUCGUUGUCAAGGCUAGUACCAUAUUUGAUUACUCCAGAGUCGAAACGCAUUGCACGUUUCAUAGGUGGGCUAGCACCCGGAAUUAAAGGAAUGGUGAAGGCAUCAAAGCCUACCACCUUUAGGUCUGCUGUGGACCUAUCCUUUUCCCUCACUCAGGAUGAAGUGAGGCAAAAGUCAGUCAAAAUUGAGACCGACGGAAAGUGGAAGAGGGAGGAUGAUCGCUCCCAAAAGUCCAAGAAAGGGAAAUUCGGGUCUGGGAAGAAUCAACAAAGAUCAGAUGAAAGACCUAUCUGCAAGACGUGUAACAUACGACAUUGGGGGCAUUGUCGUUCAGACCAGCAGGCGAAGCCCUAUGGUAUAUGCGAGAAAUCUGGUCACAAGUCCUUAGAUUCUAAGGACUUAAAGAAUGUUGUUUGUUACGGGUGUAGCAAUAAGGUCCACAUUAGGACCAACUGCCCUAAACUUGCUAAAGAGGGCAAUGAUAAGCCUGGAGAGGAGAAGAAACGAAAUGCCCGAGCCUUCCAAUUAACUGCGAGGGAAGCAGUUAAUGACACUAAUGUCAUAACGGGAUUCAAUGUAGUCUUAGGCUUGGAUUCGUUAUCUCAUAACCAAGCCCGUAUUGCCUGCGAUAAGAAACUCAUCGAAGUUAAAUCCCCAUCUGGUGAAAUGCUCACCAUCCAUGGAGAUCUACACUAUUGUCUGCCUGAGAAAGUAUCUCUACUCAAGACAUCAAAGUUUUUGAAGAGCGGAUGUGUCAUUUACAUGGCACAAGUGACGAUUGACGAACUGAAGCCAAGGAUGGAAGAUAUCCCAGUCAUCUCUGAAUAUCCAGACAUAUUCCCUGAAGAUCUACCCGGUUUACCCCCAGAGAGAUAA